AUGCCUGCCGAUGACCCGUUUGCGUUUUUGGCUGCCGAGCAGCCCAAGUCGGUCAAAAAGCCCCAUUGGAGGGACAAGCUGUUCUCGAAAGACAAGGGUAGUCGGUCGACCCCCGACCGACAGAUUGAAGACUUUCUCUCCUCAUCCCGUCAGCUCCCCGACGACCUCCCCGCGCUCACGGCGGACCCGAGAGGGGUUCCUCCACAACACGUUUCUUCCCACCGUCUCCCUUCCUCCCAGGACGUCUCCGGCGUUCCCCCGCCACCCCCUCCCAAAUCGUCAAACGAGAACUAUGCCGCCUUCAAUUUUUCCGAUCAGCCCCCUCGAAAACCCCGCACUCGCAAGGGUCUUCGGGUUGGCUUCUUGGAUCAACAACCCGAGUUGAUUGGGGAAGGAGGCGAUGAGGCAGAGACCCCAACAAUUGAGAUCGCGUGCGCGUCCGCACCCUCGCCUGACCCAUCACGAUCCCCGCUGCCAACACUCCGAGUCAACACCUCGCUGGUCGAUGGUGAUGGGCGAACCCAACGGACAGGCGCCGCUCAGGGUCCGCGGGAUGGGGACUGGCAGCCGCCGUUGAUCCAGAAUUCUCAAGAUGCGGGGCUUCUGCAAACCUUGCCCACGAGUGAAAGCGGCUCGCGGCUCUCGUUUCGCGGCUCCCCCGAGUCGAGCUCGUUCGCACAACGUGUUCGAAGCCAAAUGCAAGCAGAAGAAGGACGUGCCUUGCAGCAUGGGUAUGAGGACGAUGUCCCGUCUCCUCCCUACGAAGACGAGGACCUUUCGAGCCCCGAGCCACCCUUGGAAAGUCCCAUCGAGUCGGUCUACGAGACUCCCCCAAUUUCCAUCACAUCCAAUGCGCCAUCGGUCAAGUCCAUCGUCCACUCGAUUCGUCACCCCUCGAGUCAAGCCGUACACCGCACCCAGGCCAGUCUCAGCCCAGUUGACCCGCGAAUACCUCCCGGUCUCACGCCUGGCAGUUCCAACAAGCUUUCUCCGGCCCCCAAAGUCCCGACCCAUGAGCCGCAACCGCUUAGCCAGGCACUGCCUCCAUCAAGUCGAGAGCCGUCGCGCAGCCCUCAGCCACCCAAAUUUUCUUUGCGGUCGGUUGCCAAUCAGCUGGGUGAUGGUGCAUUUACGGAGUUCAGGGACUACAUCGCGCGCUAUGAUAGUCUCCUUCGACUCGCAGCCGAGAGCGUUAAGCCUUUAAUGGAAACCACCCUGACGGAAUGGAUCCGGGCUGCGGUAUGGUGGUUCCUGCGAGGCAAGACCCGCUUGGAAACAUAUGCUCGCACCCGCUCGUCGUGUCCGCCCGGCUACGCCAAUCAAGCCGUCAUCGAUUUGGGGAAAGCGCUUUGGAUCAAUGAAAAUAUUGUGCCGAAUCAUUAUGAGCUAUCCCGCUACGGUUCCAUGAGCUUAGAUGCGCUGCUGGCAGUUGCAAGCACCACCGGUGAUAAAGAGAUGUCUGACCUCCUGGGUUUGCACCAGACAAUCCUCAACCAUCUGCGGUCGUUAUCCAUGUCGAUCAAGCGAAACAACAUUCUGGCCAUGAUUGUGUCCGGAGAUGGCUCUCCCAGUCACAUCGACACGGCUAUAUGGUUGCGAUACCCUUUCUUUGCGCCAGACGUGUCCGCAGUCUUGUCUGGUGCUGCAACGAGAUCGAUGUUGGUCGAGAGAACGGGCAAGGGGCCAAAUAUGGUACAGAUGAUGCCCCUUGGAGAUACAUCCCGGUAUUUCAGCUACGGAAGCAUGUUUGUGCAAGUAUGCGUAAGCUCCAGCGAUGACGAGGGCCAACAAUACGCCAUGCCUUGUGCAUUGUCCAUCGUUCGAGAACGUGCCGAUUGGUAUGUGUUUGCGGCCAUCACAAGCCAGAGUCAGCUCGUCAACAUCAUGGUUCAAUGCGACCGCAAGCAGGGACCGACGUGGGAUGAUGUAGAAUGGCAAGUCCGGACCAAUUCAAUGCGAGUAAAGCUUCCUCGAGGGUUUGAAUUAGAUGUCAUGUUCAAAGAAGAUGAUUUCAAAACGCUGUGGAACAUUGUCAAAUACACCCAGAAGUCUGAAGCGAGUCUUCAACCCGAGGCUGGCGAAACGGUGAUCUUUGAAAACACCCUGAAGGUCUUCCAUUACAUGGACCCGGGCACGCCCAAGGCUUUCCCCUCCGAGCCACUGGAGCGUUGUCGAAUUCGCUUGUUUGAGCGAUCCAUCACCGUGACGGAGGGCACAGGAACCCGAAGCAUGCACCAAGGUUUUCGACUCACCGUGUUGACGAGUCCCAAGGUGAAGACAUUGAGCAACGUGCGUCAUAUUCUGGGCCGUGGCUCGCCCAUUGUGUUUGGUCUCCUGCGGGGAGAGGACGGCGCUCCUGCUCUCCUGCUCAAAGUCACUGAGGAUGGGCGCACGCGGUCGAUGUUGAUGACGUUCCAUACGGUCGAGGAGCGUACCCAGAUGCAUUCUGUGCUGUUGGCCAUGGUGCCUCGGGAGGGAGAGGUCAAAACUCCAGAAGCCCCUCUUCGGUCGUACUCCAUCGAACAGCCGACGGACCCAGGUAGCGGCCGACCCGCGGUCACCCAUGUUCAGUUCCCCGCGGGCAAUGUAUCCGUGAUCGAUCAAGAACAUGCUUUUGUGGAUCAUGGCUAUGGUCCCACAAUUCUAUCGGAAACCUUGAGGGCUUUCGUUGCUACAGAAUGGGGCUCUGUUACGGAUCGCAUCAACUUAGGGCCUGGGGAAUUGAAGUUAGGCUUGGAUGUCAAUCGGAAAACCGGCAUGAGUUUGUAUCGCCCCGCACAACAAGACCUGACUGCUUCGCUGGCGGACAACCUCAUUCGCCCGGAAAUGUCCGAGCAGUUUGCCGCGUUUCUUGAGAAGGUCACAGCGAAACCAAUGGUUCGCCGGUUCGACUUUGCAUCAGUGCAGGAUCUGCAUGCUUUUGAAACAGCGGUUACUGGAUUUCGGGUCCUAUAUGAUGGGAUUGCCUCAUCCUUCACUAUAUCCCGCCGUCGAAUGGUGGUCCCAAUCUACAAGAAAUGGGAGGCCAGUUCGGCUCGAAUCCAGAUUGUUCGACAAGAGGGAGUCACCCAAUUGCUCGCCUUCUUCGCGGAUUUCCAUCAUGGCACCUGCAUGAAUUUCGUCCUCAAGGGCACCGACCAUUUAGAGUCGUUUGGCCGGUCCAGCAAAUUUGGUAUUAGGAUUGUGGAUGCCAAAUUUGCGCUUCCGAAGAAGGAUGAUGACCCGGCGUCUGAUUUUGUGUGCUUGGAUAUGCCUGAGUAUCCCAUCGAACAUGAUGAUAUCACCAUUACAUUCGACACGGAAGCUGCAUAUUUUACCAUGUCGCAUUCUAGCGAAGCCAUUGGCGCCUCGACGCGCUCCCUGCACGCCGACGAUGUGCUGAAUGUUGUGACCGAUGUGGCCCCUCCGAUGCACCUGUCCACCACGUUCCGCUACCCCGAUGACCCGGCCGAGCUCAUCCCGGUCGCAGAUUUGACCAACUCCCCAACCUCCCACAUCUACUCCCGGCUCUCGGCUCCCAACCCGACACGCUUCGAAACCAUCCUUUCCUCCUUACUGAAUGGCACGGCGAUCAGCUACUCGUCCGGGUUGUCUGCAUUGCAUGCCGCCCUCACACUCCUUAACCCGCGCCGUAUUUCCAUCGGCGAUGGGUAUCAUGGCUGUCACGGCGUGAUCGCGCUAUUUAGCCGCCUGACGGGACUUAAAAAACUGGAAUUGAAUUGCGUCGCCGACCAGCUCGAAGCAGGCGAUGUCAUUCUUCUCGAGACCCCCAUCAACCCGAAAGGCCUCGCCUUCAACAUCGCCGCCUACGCCGAAAAGGCGCACUCGCGAGGCGCGCACUUGAUCGUGGACAGCACGUUCGCGCCACCCGGGCUGCAGGACCCAUUCCAGUUCGGCGCCGAUCUGGUCAUGCACUCUGGGUCUAAAUACCUUGGCGGCCACAGCGACGUGCUCUGUGGGGUGCUUGCGACGCAACGCGAAGACUGGGCCGGUCAGUUGCGGCAAGACCGGCUGUAUUUGGGUAGUGUGAUGGGGAACAUGGAGGGCUGGUUGGCGGUGCGCAGUCUGCGCACGCUCGAGGUGCGCGUGCAGCGGCAGAGUGAGAACGCUACUCGUCUGGUCUCCUGGCUCGAUUCUGCACUGCGCGCCCCGCAUCCGGCCGUCGGCGGCGACGAGGCUGCUGUGCAAGCCGUGCUGGCCGAAGUCUUCCACGCGAGCCUGCAACGCGUCGAUGGCGACUGGCUCCAAAAACAGAUGCCGCACGGGUUCGGGCCCGUGUUUUCGAUUUCUAUGAAGGAGGAGCGCUUCGCGCGGGCGCUGCCCAGCAACCUGCAUUUCUUCCAGCAUGCCACGAGUCUCGGGGGCGUGGAGACUCUGAUCGAGUGGCGGACCAUGUCCGAUGCCACGGUCGAUCGCCGGCUCUUGCGGGUGAGUGUCGGCUUGGAGAAUUGGGAAGACCUCCGGGCAGAUCUCAUCCGUGCGUUUCGGGCGCUGGUGUAA